GUUGAGUGUAAAAAUAGUGGAAGAACGAGCGAAGAAUGUAAAUUUGAAAGUUAUGUAUCUCUGACGAAGCUAUUUGUAUUUCACGUGCAACAACUUCUUCUCUGAUAUUGGCUCUGAUCAUUUCCAUCGAUAUUUCAGAGCUCUGGCCUUCUAGCGACUACCUUCCUCUGUAAAUCAUCGAAUUCAGGAAAGUAUAGCAGAAGUUGGCAACUAGCGAGUUAAUUGAACGGAACGAUCUCGGCUUCGAUCCACGCGUUUGGUCCAUUCAUCUUCUCCCUGACCGCUGGCUCAUCCUUUGCCUUUAAACCAGUUUGACCGUCUUCCUGACGAUCCUCUCACGGCUAUUAGGCACUUCCUGCCCCAUCCUGGGAACCAGACUCGUUUCUCUACUCACCCUUCGCGCCCUCCUCCUCUUUCCACCGCUCUCUUUUAUUCUCCUCGCGCUUCUCUCUCUCUCUCUCUCUCUCUCUCUCUCUCUCUCUGUGUGUGUUUUUCGAUCAUUCUCUCGAGGGGGUUGCUACAUCGAUUUCCAAUUUUAGAUAUCGCGGAAAACAGAAAUAGAUGACCCAUAACAUUUUAUAAAUAAAUUAAACUCGACGCUGGAGGCUCAAGGACAGAUCUCUUGGUUCUUUAACGAUCGUAGGAUCAUUUUGAAAUUGUCGAGACAGUUUGAUGUGUGUAUUGAGUAAAGGGUAGUAAAUAGAGAAGAAGGGUUGCUUGGACAACCCGGGCAAUUCGCUUCGUCUCCGGGUUUGUCAGUCGCGGCGUGCGUGCAAGGAAAAGUCAAGGAAAGAUGCGUGGUUGCAUAGUUGCAUGCAGUUUAGGAACUAGCGGAAUGUGGUCUACAUAUAUCUACAAGCUUUAUCUGUAGGAAGAGGAAGUGAAGAUUAUUUCAAAUAUCAAACAACUUCGUUAUCACAUUUAUUUGCAGUUUCUCUUUUGAAACAUCAAGAAACUCUUCCAAUUAUCUCCAGUACAAUUUUCCUAUCGUUUCUAAUCUCAUACACUCGAUACACUUUUUUUCAUAACUUCAAAGAGUCAAUCGAGUUUCAACAAAUGGAAGAAAACAUCUCUUCUAUUUCAUCAAUACACUGGGAUCUUAGAAAUUUGCCAAAUUACAGAAAAGAAGAGAGGCCGAAGACGACGAAUCUCCACCGGAAGCCGAGCAGCGCGUGGCGCAAGGAGCGUAGAAGGGAUCCAAUCCAAAGUGAAGCACUGGACAUGACCGCUGCCAGAGUCCAUCAUCAUCAUCACAGCAGACCUAGCGUGAUUGUACCUACCACGCCACAGCCUGGAACGACUAUUGAAGACACGGCAGUAACGCCGACCCCGUCACUGACGCCAUCGGCGGCAGCAGGAGGCCAAAGAACCGGGGUCCGAACUGUGGGUGGUGUGAGUGAUCCUGCAAUAGACGAACAUUUCAAGCGAUCUUUAGGCCUAGAGGAGUACGCCGCAGUUUUUAACGCCACCACUACUGACAAAGAAGCAGGCCUCAGUGUGGAUGAUCACUUUGCGAAGGCUCUUGGAGAAACCUGGACGAGGCUGCAGGCAACCAGCAGAAGCAAGGACUCGACCUAACUGCCGGACGGUUAACCAAAAAGUCCUCACUGUCGUCACAUCGUUGCAGUUGCUUCCGUUUUCUUCGCUGUGACAAUGUGGUUUCACACACCUGUGUCUAAUCAAUCCAUAAAUUAACGUGAAAUCGCUAUCAAUAUUCGUGGAAGGAACAGUGGGAGCAACCAACGGACUCUGUAUUAUUAAUAUUAUUACUAUUGCUACUAUUACUACUACUACUAUUAUUAUUUUUAUUACUACUAUUACUACUACUACUACUACCACUACUACUACUACUACUAUUAUUAUUAUUAUUAUUAUUAUUUUUAUUAUUAUUAUUAUUAUUAUUAUUAUUAUUAUUUGGUUCGCGUGGAAAGCAGAACGAAAGAGUACCCAAGUGUCCUUGGAAUGUCACAGAUGCUCUUGAGUGUAAUCGACGGUGUACCGUACGUGUUUCUAACUUUUUGCGACAAUUGUACUCGAGAUAAUGUAUAUAUAGACGCGUAUUCUUUUAAUCAUGCCAUCAUCGCGGCCUCAGAGGCCUCAAGUUAUUUAUUAUACGAUGUUCCAUACUGCCUCGCUAAAUGCUAGAGCCGUUCGUUAUUACUAACUUCUUUCUGCUGCGAUAAGAAGUUGAAUUGAAGAAUCAGUUGUCUUUAACAGAGACUUUUUUUACGAUUCUCUAAGUCGUCACGUCUAUGCACCGAGAUGUUUUGAUCUUUUGUUAAAUGUACAUUCAAUUUUAGCACAACUCUCGUAACGACUUUAACGAGAGUUUUGUGCUAAAAUUGAAAGGGCAAUGUU